AUGGCGGGCAAGGAGUACGUGAAAUUGAAGGCAGACGCCUUGAUCAAGCAAGUGCAUCCUCCUACUGCCAUUUCUCAUGCCAUCACAGCGUUUUUGACCGCCCCAAGCGAGAGUUCGUCGGUUCCGGAGCUCGUGUGCGCAAGUGCCACGAACCUCGAGAUCUACAGGAUCGUCACGCUGCCGCGCGACGCCGAAGCGGCAGGACCUGAUGCAGACUCCGACAGUGAUUCGGCGGGGGCGGCACUGGAAUUCAUCGGGUCAUGGCCUUUGUCGGGCAAGGUGGAGAGCAUGGCUGCGCUCCCAGCGUCCCGGCCCGGAUUCCGCGAAGCCCUGCUCUUGUGCUUCGCUGACGCGAAGCUCUCUGUGCUCGAGUGGAGCGUCGCGCAAUCCAACCUUCGGACCACGUCACUGCACCGUUUCGACGGCAACAUUGCGCUCAAGCAAGCCCGGGCCGCCUUCCCCCACGGCGUGCGCGUGCGCUGCGACCCACUCGGCCGCUGCGCUGCCGUCAUCAUGUUCGACUCCCAACUGGCUCUGGUUCCGGCGUUCGGCAAGGAGGGCGAUGACGAGGACCUGGUCCUGGGUCUCGCGGGCGGCGCGCAGGUCGACGCGAAGGGCGCGGGCGCGCGCGCGGGCGACCGUGGCGCCGUCAUGUGCGACCGCUCGUACGUGCUGGACCUGGGCCGGCUGGGCGUGACCAACGUCCGCGACGUGGCGUUCCUGCACAAGUACAGCGAGCCGACGCUCCUCGUGCUGUACGAGGAGCACGCCACCGCGCCGGCGCUCCUGCCGCGCUCGCGCGACACGUGCUGCGUCGUGGCGGUGUCGAUCGACACGGGCCGCCGCAGCCACCCGCGCCUGUGGUCGCAGAAGGGCCUCCCCAGCGACGCACAGUACCUCAUGGCGACACCCUCCGGCGGCGCGCUCGUGGUGUGCCAGUCCAUGGCGCUCUUCGUGUCACAGGGACAGCCCCCGGACGGCAUCGUCCUGAGCUCCGCGGCGGUGGCGACGGGGUCGCCGGCGCCCAUGGCGGCGGGGCCGUCCGAGAUGCACUUUGCGGUGGCGGCGCAGCAGGUUCGCGCCCACGCGGGACACGUGCCCCCUGACGUGGUGCCGUCCAUCUCCGCGCGGUUCACGUCGCCGCCGAAGACGGCGCUGGACGUCGACAUGUGGGGCAGCACGGGGUCGUGGCUGACGGACAGCGACGCGCUGAUCGCCCUGCGCGACGGGCGGCUGCUGGCGCUCACGAUGCGCAUCGACGGCAGCCGAGUCAGGGGGCUGGACGCGCACGAGGUGGCCUCCGCGCCGGUGGUGUCCGCGGCGUGCACGGUGCCCUCGCGCUGCCUCGCGUUCCUGGCCUCGCGGUCGGGGGACUCGCUCCUGCUCCGCUACAGCCGCAAGGACACCUCUCACAAGGCCGCGGAGGGGGCGCACGGGGACGUGCCGCCGCCGCCGCCGCCGGAGGACGCGCCGGGGCAGGAGCAGUCCACGCUGGAUGAAGAGAUGGAGCUCUACGGGAUGUCGCUCGGAGGCACGACGGAAGCUGCCGCGUCGCGAGGCGACCAGGCGCCGGCGCGGAAGCGGGCGCGCCUUGACGGGACUGGGAACUUCCAGGUCACCGUGCUGGACUCGUUGGUGAACAUCGGGCCCAUCAAGGACGCCGCCGUCGGGCCUGGGCCGGACCUUGGCGGGGGCAGCUCGCGCGACCUGGUCAAAGCGCGGCAGCAGCUCGUGGCGUGCGUCGGGCACGGGCGCUCUGGGGCGCUGGCGAUCCUGCGCCAGUCGUUCGAGCCGCGCAUCGUCUCGAACCUCGACGCCGCCGAGCUGAAGAACAUCGAGGGAGUGUGGGCCCUGCGACACCGUGGUGCGGAGCGCGUUGACGAGCCGCCGUACGACACCGCGCUCCUGAUGAGCACUCCAACGGGGAUACGAGCGUUCGAAACGUCGAAAGGGCUGCGGGACGCCACGAGCGAGCUACGAUUCGGCGGCCAAGUGGGCACGCUGGUCGCAGCAGCUGCGAUCGCUGGCGGCUCGAAACGAACGUCCGUAAUCGUACAUACACGCGGACUGGAGCUUCUGGAGGGUCUCGGAGGCGUGGCCAGCAUGACUGUAGAGCAGUUGGGUGGAGGCCCGAAAGACGAAGUGCUCUCAGCGUCGAUCAAACAGGGCCACGUGCUGCUCGUGCUCGGAGACGGGCGGUGCGCACUCGUACGCGCGGAUCCCGAAGCCUCGAGCCUUGUCAUGGCGGAGGUACCGCGGGACCUCGCGGACGCCUUCGCUCCUCGCAACGACGGGAUCACGGCCGCCUGCCUGUACGAGGACGAGACCGGGUGGGCCGCGACGUUGCUGGAACAAGAGCAAGGAGUGCAGCAGGUGCCGGGCCCCGCGCUUGUCGCACUCUCCCGGCAGUCGGGCUCGCUGGACAUAUAUGCGGCGCGAUCCGGGAGGCUGCUGUUGCACCAUGACCGCAUCCACGAGGGGGACACCGUGAUGGCGGGCGCGCGCGACAAGGUGGACGCGGGACAAGCUGCGGAGGCGGGUGCGCCGAGCUGCGCGGCGCAGCUGCUGUUCGAGUCGUUCGGGCCGUGCAGGCGCCUGGCGGCCGGGAAGCUGGGGGCCUACACCAACGCAGCGCGUCUCCCCGCGGCACGAGACCCCGUCCUGGUCGCAGCGCUGUCGGACGGCAUGAUCCUCAUCUACCGCGCCUUCAUGGCGCCGGUGGAGGACAGCGAGGCGCCCAAGCGGACGCUGGCGUUCCGGCGUGUACAUGCUGAGGUGCCGCGCCAAGCGCCGCCGUCGGGGGGCACGAGGGCGCAGGCGCAGCUGCGCCGCUGUCUCGUGCGUACCGACGACGUUGGGUCCGUGCAAGGUUGUGCGGGGGUGUUCGUGUGCGGUCCGGCGCCGACGUGGAUGAUUGCCUCGCGCGGGCAGCUGGUCGCGCACCCCGUCGCGCGGUGCUACCGCGGCGGGUCGGCGCUGUCGAUGGCGCCGUUCCACAGCUCCACGUGCCCCCACGGCUUCAUCGUGACGAGCCCGGGCGGCAUGUCGGUGUGCGAGGUGCCGCGCCUGCUGCGCAUGGGCACCAAGUGGACGCUGGAGAAGGUGCAGACGAAGGGCGGCGACCCCAUCGCGGUGUGCUGCCACGCGCCCGCGCGGCUGUACGCCGUCGGCCUCUCGCGGGUCGUACCGUACGCCCAGCGGUGGCUCCCGUACGAGCGCAAGGAGGGAAGUGAUCCAAUGGCGUCGGCGGCGUACGCCCUCGCGGAGGAAACGGCGCGCCGUCGGCAGCGGCAGGAGGUGCACGGCGUGCGGCUGAUGACGGCUGACCUGCGGCAGUCUCUGUUCAGCCUGGACCUCGACCCCUGCGAGCGCAUCCUCACGCUGCAGUCGGUCACCCUGGGGUCCAGCGACCCGCCGUACGCCGGGGCGCCGCCGCCGCCGCCGGUGCCGUACAUCCUGAUCGGCACGGCGCGCGUCUUCGGCGAGGACUUCCAGGUGUUCGGGCGCCUGAUCCUCGUGGAGGUCUCGCGCCGGCAGGGUGUCAGUGCAGAGGAGGAGAUGCUGGGGCACAUCUGGGCCGCCAACAUCACCGUCGCGCAGGAGCUGAGCGGCGCCAUCACGAGCGUGCGACAGCUCGGCAGGUACGUGGCGGUGAGCGUCGGGAACGUCCUCGAGGUGUACCAGCUCGCGGGGGGCGGCAGCAAUUGCCCGCUGCACUUCCGCCGCCGCGCGUUCUACGAGCGCAGCCAGUGGCUGUCCGCGUCGCUGUCGACGCUCGGGCCCGGCUAUAUCGCAGCGGCGGACGUCCACCGCGGCAUCCGGCUCAUGGCGUACGAGGACACGCCGGAGCCGCGGCUGGAGCAGAUGGGCAUGAACAUGGGCGUCAUGCAGCCGCACGGGGUGGCGCUGGUGCGCAUGGAGGGCAGGGAGCGCCUCGCGCUGUCCGGCGACGCGGGGCAGUGCGUGCAGGUGUGGCGGCACUCCCCCACCGCGGAGUGGGGCGGGCAGCAGCUGCUGUGUCAGGGCCAGGUGUACGUCGGACAGACCGUGCACGCGUGGCUGCCUGCGCCGCCCCUCCCGCCGGGCGCGGCGCAGCCGACGGCCACCGCGGCCGCGCUGGGAUGCACCCUCGACGGCGGGCUCGUCACCAUGGUGUUCCUGUCGCAGGAGGCAGCGGAUCUUCUGCGGUCCCUGCAGGAGCGCCUCGCCACGGGGCUCGUGCACACCGCGGGGCUCAACCCGCGCUCGUUCCGCGGACGCGCUGCGGGCCGCGUGACAGGCAUGAUGCAGGGCACCGCGUACGUGCCCGACCCGGGUCCGGACAGCAUUGUGGACGGCGACCUGGUGGCAAGGUUCCUGAAUCUCAGCCGGGCGCACCAGGCGAGAGUCUGUCAGGAGGUCGGAAGGGAUCGCGCGGAGGUGGAUGUCGUCCUGCGGGAGGUGAUCGCCGCGUGUGCCGCGCCGCUGUAG